AUGGCCAGGCCGGCGUCGUGCUUGGGAGCGGUCGCCAUCGUGCUGGUGGUGCUGUGCGUCGCCGCGUCCUCUGCGGCUGCGCAGCCGCGCCGCCCGCUGCCGCCGAACUCCCGCGUGAUCCACCCUGGACGGUUCGGCAAGAGGACGCAGACACUCACCUGCGACAACACCAAGGACAAGAGGAACCCCUGCGUGGCCACCUGCGACAAGCGCUGCCCCAACGAGUGCCUCGUUCUCUGCCCCAGCUGCAAGACAUACUGCCUGUGUGACUUCUACCCUGGGAUGUCCUGCGGUGACCCCCGCUUCACUGGCGCCGAUGGCAACAACUUCUACUUCCACGGCAAGAAGGACCAGGACUUCUGUGUCGUCUCUGACGCUGACCUCCAUGUCAAUGCCCACUUCAUUGGCAAACGCAACCCCUCCAUGAGCCGGGACUUCACAUGGAUCCAGGCUUUGGGCAUCCGCUUCGCAAACCACCGCCUCUACUUGGGUGCCAUGAAGACUUCCCAGUGGAAUAAUGACGUUGAUCGCCUCGAGUUGGCCUUUGACGGAGCACCCGUCGACAUCUCUACUGACAUUGGCGCACAAUGGCAAUCCAGCUCAGUGCCUGCCCUUACCGUCACGAGGACAUCCAUGACAAAUGGCGUGAGGGUCGAUCUUAAGGGUGUGUUCGACAUCAUGACUAAAGUAGUUCCCAUCACGGAGGAGGACUCCCGCAUCCACAACUAUGAUGUGACAGAGGAUGACAGCCUUGCGCAUUUGGACAUUGGGUUCAAAUUCUACGGCUUCACCGACAAUGUUCAUGGCAUUCUCGGCCAAACCUACCGCUCCGACUACGUCAACAAGCUCAACGUGAGUGCUAACAUGCCUGUGAUGGGUGGUGUAGCAAGCUAUUUCUCCUCCGACAUCUUCGCCACCGACUGCAAGGUCGCUAGGUUCGGCCACAAUGGUGGCAUCUCCAUGGUCACAACCAGGGCCAACUAA